CGUGAACUCAAGAUUUGGGCAAGACUUAUGCAGGAAAACAUCCUACCUCUGCUCGGAGUCGCGCAAAAUCUUUACUCUGUUUCCGGCUGUGAUGCAUUAGUUUGCCCCUGGAUGGAGAAUGGCACACUCUCAACGUACCUCAGCAGGUAUCCGACAAUGGAACUACGACAGAAGUUAAAAUUGCUCUGUGAUGUCCGGACAGAACAACAUCCUCAUAGAUGUUAAUGGACGUGCGGUGGUCGCUGAUUUUGGCCUGUCUUUCCAAAUAUCAGAACUCACUGGGAGUUACCCCGUCACAGGGGCUGCGCAGUGGAUGGCGCCAGAGCUAAUGCAAGCGUUCAAACCAUCUAUACACAGCGAUAUGUAUUCCUUUGGCUCCAUCAUGAAUUACGUCAUCUCUGGUGAACUUCCCUUUGCGCAUGAACCAGCAGCACCCUACACCAUCCGAGGCAAUGAUGUAUCUCAAGAGCAUUGGAAAUUCAGCCAACGGUGCUGGGAACCAUUUAAUUUUGAUGACGGAAGCUCUUCUCGCCCAUCCGCCGAAGAAGCUUGUGGAUUUCUGCGAAGGAGCUUGAAUUCAGACUGCUGAUCGCAAAAUAGGUUGACAUCAUUAUGUGCUGUUUUUCUCCUGUGCUUGGGCUGUACUUUACAAAUGUCUUUGAAGUAGAUUUAUACUUAACUCGGCGGUGCCCACUGUCAGCGUCUCAACUUUCCA